AUGUGCCCUUGGCGGAAUUGGGGUGAAUGGAUAAACUGCUAUCAUCUCAUAUUUGGAAAAAUUUCUCAAUAUGAACUCUAAAGUGAUAGUAUUGACUUACUAAAGGUUAAGACAGAAGAUCUCUAAGAGGCAUUGAAAAUCAUAAAUUACUGGUUAAUGAAAAAUGUUGGAGCUGAUUAACUAAAAUACCUAAAAAUGCAAAAGUUGAUAUUGAUCUAGUUUUUGCAAUUAGGAGCAGUAAUAGGAAAUAGAGCAAAAAGUGAUUUAGUUCAGAAUGAUAUUAAUAUGUCAGCUCUAAUUUUUAGAUUGAUUUAGUUAGUUGAAAUGGGUGCAAAGACUAAUUAAUAUAAAAAGAGUAAAUUAGGAGGAAAAUUAGCAAUGAAAAAUAUUGCUGAGGAACUUGGCUUCCCAAAAUUUUUGGUUUAGCUUCGUCAUUAAGCUGUCCAUGAGAGUAGCCAAAUAAGUUUGGAAAUCAUUGAGCUUGGACUUUAAAAGAUUUAAGGAUAUCUACUUUAAUCUUACUGGACUCCUAUUUGGAAUAAAUAUAGAAAAAGAGACUAGCAAAUUCAAGUAUUAAUUUAGUAAUUUUAAUCCUACAAGCUAACGUCGAUGCCUCCACCUUUUGAUAAGAUGGAGCCAGAUGAAAGAAAAAAAGUACUUUAAAAAUAUACUAAAGGCAAUUUAAAACUGAACAUUCCACUUGACUUAGAUCAGCUAGUACAUCUCACUCAUGAAUUACUAGCCAGUACUAUGAAUUAAAUCUAGGUUACAUUCAAAGAUUAAAAAGGAUUCUUAAAAAUGAUAGAGGAAUUCGGACAUUCACAGACAAAACAUCAAAUGAGCAAUAAGCUAUUUGAUAUUAAGUCUUAUGUGGAAGUGAAAAUGAAAACUUAAAACACGUUUGCCUGCUUCUUGUUUUAUCUUGAAAAGAAAUACUAGCAAAAAGUUUGUUUAAUCCUCUUUUAGCAAAUAGCUAAUCACAUGACUGAAUAUGCAAAAUAAUCCUUGCAAGAAGAUUUAGAUGAAACUAAAGUUGAUAUUGAAAGAAUCAAAUUGAGAAUAGUUGAUUAAGUGAGAUUAGUCACAUCUUUUAUUCUAAUCAAUCAAAAUACUGAGUAUCCUUUUAAAAAGUUGGCGAAAUAAUUCGAGACCCUUAAACUGGCAAUUGGAAAGCUAGAGUACUUCAAAGAUGUGAACUUCUUUAGUUGGUUUUUGCUGCAUAAAAUGCAAGACAAGACUUUAAAAUAAUUCAAACUUGUCAAGCUAGGAGAAGGAUUAGUUAUCCCUGUACAUAUUCAAGAUAAGCAAGCAUAACUUAAUAUUGAAAACAUUACACCUUGUGAAUUCAGACCACUAGGUUAAUUAUUAGAGCAAACAUACAUCGAGAGCUAAGUUAAUAAAAACCCCAUAAUAGGGAAUUAUAAUUAGAAUAUGAAGGAAUAAUAAAAAUAAGCUGAAGCAUAAGAGUUUGAGGAAACACAGUUUGAUCAAAGAAUAAGGGUGAAUGCUGAAGUGCUAUUACUGUGA